AAGAGUCUUAAAAAAAGAAAAAAAAGCACAAGCCGCUGUGGGACUGCAUGUGAUGAAGGAAGAAUACAGCUCAGAGCUAAGUGGCUGCACACAGGCAGUCAGUAUGCGGCUCCUGUUGAGCAUAUUGUACUCCUUCCUAUCUCUGACCAUCUUCGGAUUGUACCCAACUAUGACUAUCGGGCCAAAAGAGGGCUGGCAGGUGUACAGCUCGGCCCAGGAUGCCGAUGGGCGUUGUAUCUGCACAGUAGUGGCCCCAGAACUAAAUUUAUGCUCCAGAGAUGCUAAGACCAGGCAACUCCGCCAUCUUCUAGAGAAGGUGCAGAACAUGUCUCAGUCCAUUGAGAUGCUGAACCUGAGAACCCAGAGGGAUUUUCAGUAUGUGAUGAAGAUGGAGAACCAGAUGAAGGGCCUGAGGACCAAAUUCAGACAGAUUGAGGAUGACAGGAAAUCCGUCAUGGCCAGAAACCUCCAGCUUUACCAUAUUCAUUCCUUUGAGCUUCAAGACAAGAUGGAGCAGCUGAAGCCAUUGAUCCCUGUGUUGGAGCAGUACAAGAUGGAUGCUGCACUCGUUUCCCACUUCAAGGAGGAGAUCAGGAAUCUAUCAACAGUGUUAACAAGCAUCCAGGAGGAACUUGGAGUCUAUGACUAUGAUGAGCUCUAUCAGCGGCUUCUGCGACUGGAUAACAGGCUCCGCAGUUGUAUGGGUAAAUUAACAUGUGGAAAGUUAAUGAAAAUCAAUGGGCCUGUUACAAUAAAGACCUCUGGAACCCGCUUUGGGGCAUGGAUGACUGAUUCACUUGUAUCUACAAGAUACAACAGAGUUUGGUACAUGGACGGAUAUACCAAUAGUAAGCUCGUCCGAGAGUUCAAGACAAUGGAGGACUUCACGGCAGGAGUGGUGGCUCGCACUUACAGCCUUCCAUUCAAAUGGGAGGGAACCAAUCACAUUGUUUACAAUGGGUCACUUUAUUACAACAAGUACCAGAGCAACAUUAUCGUCAAGUACAGCUUCGAGACAGGCACCGUGCUGGCCCAGCGAGCUUUGGAGUUUGCCGGCUUCCAUAACAUGUACCCGUACACGUGGGGAGGGUAUUCAGACAUCGACGUCAUGGCGGAUGAACUGGGAAUGUGGGUUGCAUAUGCCACCAACCAAAACGCUGGAAAUGUUGUCAUUUCCCAGAUUGAUCCAGACACACUGCAGGUCCUGAACACUUGGACCACAGAAUACUCCAAAAGGAAUGCAGGGGAGUCAUUCAUGAUCUGUGGGACGCUCUAUAUUACCAACUCUCACCUGUCAGGAGCAAAGGUUUACUACGCAUACUCUACAAAGACUUCAACAUAUGAGUACAUAGACAUUCCGUUUCUCAAUCAAUACUUCCAUAUCUCCAUGCUUGACUACAAUGCCAGGGAGAGAGUGUUGUACGCCUGGAAUAAUGGACACCAGGUCAUAUUCAACAUCACUCUAUUCCAUGUCAUAGACACCGAUGAUGGUGCUAAAAAGUGAACAGUGACACAAACACCAUUUGUAUUUAUCGUAACGAAUAAUUGUAAUAUUGUAAUUAUAAUUGCAUAAUUGUUUUUGUUAAAGUUGGCUAAUAGUGUAGCUCAGUUUUCUAAUUUUAACCUCAAGACUGUGGAAUGGGUCAUGGACACCAAUGUCUUAAUACCUUUCUUGGAAAACAUCCAUCCGUCCAUCCAACCUUUUUCUGCUUGUUAAGUGUCAAAAGCUGGAGCCGGAGCUUAUCCCGGACGACUUUGGUCAAAAAGCCAGGUCGCCAAUGCAAAUGAGAAUCUGCUCUCAAUUGCCUUACCUGGAUAAAUAAAGGUUACAUAAAUAAAAAUAAACUGUAUAGUCAAACAACCAUUCACACCGCAACAGAGUGGGACUGAACUUGUAUGGUGCCUGCACAGAUGAUCAUAGUAUGACAUUGCUAUAUGUAUUGUAUAUGCCUAGCCUCUUAUUAGUUGGUGCAUGCAUGCCUUGUGUGCAUUACAUUUCAAACAGAUCGCUGGGAUUUGCUUCUUAAGCUUGCUAUCACUGCAAUUUAGCAUAUUUGCUGCAAUUUAAAGUCCAUGUUAUUUUUAUUAUUAUUAUUUGUGUGUUCUUUUGGUGCAUUUUUAAUUAAACAUUUGUUGAA